AUGAGUCUUAAAUUCGUGUGCGCUGUGUUCGUGGUGAUCAGUCUUCUUCCUAAUUUCAACCAAGCAGACAGUUUCACUACCGAUCCGUAUCUCGACAGUGAAUCCACGGUGCCGUAUUUAAAUUUUACAAAUAUAACGAUCCCAGAUGUGGAUGGGAUUGGCACAGUCCAUGUCACCAGCGUCGGAAGUGCCAAACUCUCCUGUCCGCUGACAAAAGACAAAUCGGGGACCUAUGGAAACGAGAAAAUGUCCGUGAGUACCUGUGUGAACCUGACGAAUGUUCACGUUGACAUGCCGGACCUGAGGCUGAACACUACAAUCGGUGUUGCAGCUUUUAACGUCUCCGCAAACGCUAGAAAGGUUGAUAAGGAUACAAUUGCAGCCAAUGUAACCAUAGUACUUUUGGAAUGGAAUGUCACCAGUAUUGGCGGACCGGAGCUUUAUGUCAACAUUUCGUCAAAGAAAUUGAAAAACAAAGACUCCAUGCAAAAGGUUCUGCAAAUUGAGGCCGAUUUGCUACUGAAGAAGCCGCCAAAUGCAGGCUGGCUUUACGAGAAAUUGUCCGAACUGUGGCCUAAACCAACUGAAACAUCUACGACUUUCGACUUUACUUCAACAACACUUGACUUGUUUUGA